UGUGUAGACUUACACGUUUUAUGUCAACAACGACUGUGAUUGCAUCUAAUAAUCUUCUGAUCAGCAUGAGUGUAGACAGGUUUCUGGCAAUAAAAUAUCCAUUGACUGUUCUUAGAAUAGGUAUUUAUAGGUAUUUAGACAAAGGUUUGGUCGCAGGGGCAUGGCUUAUCAGUAUAGUGGUCUCAUGUUUUUUCAUCAUCUACAGUCGGGGAGUAAAUGCAAAUCCAAAUAGAGCUGAUAUUGAUGAACAAAAAGGUGGCUGUGAUAUCAAACUUCCAGAUUACUGGCGGAAGCCGUAUAGUCUAACAGUUGCAGUAAUAAUCUAUGUGUUACCAACAAUCGGGAUAACAGUGUGUUAUGUGGGUAUAUGUAUCAUAGUUUGGAUGAAAUGGCGUUCAAGGGUGAAAUUAUCAGAGAUAAACACCGAUGCAAGCAGAGACCGACUUCAGGGUGGCAAUUCAUCAAACCAAGGAGUUCAUCCGAAGGCAAAGAUAAAGAGCAUCAAAAUGACAAUGGUCGUAUGUUUGGCCUUUUUCUUUUGCUGGACGCCUUAUUUUGUAGUAAUGUUGAUGCGCAUAUUUCACCCAGGUACGGUGGGAGCGAAGUUUUCUCUUUUAUUCAACUGUCUAUACCCACUGAACAGUGCCUGCAAUCCUGUAAUAUUCAUGUUAUUCAAUCGCAAACUGUUCUUGUUCACUUGCGGCACUUGCGGACAAAAAGACCAACAUAGUGUACAAUCGUAUGAAGAGAGGAACACACAAAUGACGUCAACCUGACGAGGUGCUUGCAUAUAAUCAGUACUCGACAUGCUACACGUUGGAAGAAAAAGAUCAAAUAAAUCAAGACACGAAAAUGAGUACAUCCUUCAUUAAUAUUUAUUGCUACAAAAUUGAAAUAAAACACUGAAAAUGUCAUGUUUUAUGCAAAGUAACAUGUCUCAUAUAUUCUCAAAACAACAUCAAUGCUUUGCGUACAUUACCCGCUUAUAUAGUUUGUGCCUGGUUGCAUAGGAAUGUUACUUGUAUUAAGGUUACUACUUCAGAUAUUUAAGCAACACCAUAUAUAUAUAUUUCAUCGGUACUGAACAUUUGUUUUACACCCUUUCAAGCUGCAGCAACGGUCGGUUCCGUUUUUAUCAAUAAUCCAAUUUGAAAUUCUAUUUGUUCGUAUCAUGUAUUGUUUGUUUCCAACACAUUCGAUAAUCCAUGCUAUAUUUAUUUAAACAACAAUUACAAGCUUUAGUAUAUCUUAAUUAAUAAAAAUAUGUAAAAAUAAAAUAUGUAAGAUUAAUAUCUUGUGUGAAUACGUAGUAAUAAAUAUCCUGUUUCAGAAUGGAAAUAUAAAUCACCUAAAUAAUCUGUUUAUAUAAAAUAUUGAAUAUAUAUAUUUUAGAUGUUAAGAUAAAACAUGCCCUGUUUGAAUAUAUAAAUAUCCUAUUUUGUGAUGCAAAUAUAGACAUCCUGUUCGAAAAUAAUGACAUAAAUAUUUUGAUUUUAAUAUGUAAAUAUAA